CACAAUCCGAUUGGGUUGUUUGUUUUUUUGCUUCCUUUCUCUGAUGUUAUUUAGAUGAGUUGAGGUUUCUUGUGACAAUUCAGCAAGGACUUUGUGCAACAUGCCAGUCUUCGAGGAUGAGGAUGUCGAGGCUAUCAAAAUCUUACAGCAGCCAUGGCGUGGAGAGAAAGUCGCUCAAGUUCGAACAGGCAGGGUCAAACCCGCGUUUGGCAUGAAGGAGCCUUCCGCGAUUUUCAAACACAUAAGGUCAGGACGCAUCACUGUAAGCCAACUGGGGUUCGAAGGAGAUGAACAUGCAUACGAGUUCCAUGGCGGGCCAGAGAAGGCCUUGCUGCAGUACAGUUCACUGCAUUACCUCAGAUGGAAGAAAGAACUUCCGCAGAGCGAAGACUUGUUUGGACUCGGUGGGUUUGGUGAGAACAUUGUCGCCAAACAUGCGAACGAGCGAAACAUGUGUAUUGGCGACGUCGUCCAGAUUGGCUCAGUCAUCGCUCAAGUCUGUGAACCACGACAGCCGUGCUACAAGCUGAACCACAGAUUUCAGGUCAAGGACAUGUCGAAGCGAUCUCAAGAUCUGUUUCGCACUGGCUGGUUUUAUCGCAUCCUCAAGGAGGGGACGAUCCAGGCUGGCGACGAAAUGAUAUUGCUAGAGCGGCCAAACCCAGAUUGGACGGUCGCCAGAGUUCAAUACUACCUUUAUCAUGACUUGAAGAACGAAGAGGUCAUGAAAGAGUUGGUCCAGUUGAGAGGGCUAGGUGCAGAGCCCCGGAACAUCUUCAUCAACAGGUUGAAAAAGCAAUUUGAGAACCAGGCCAAUCGACUCGAGGGGGUCGCCAUGAACAUUUGGACCGACUACCGGGUAGUGGAAAAGAAAAUCGAAACUCCCAGAAUCGCUUCACUUGUCUUCGAGGCCGUCAUUCCUUCGGUGUCCCCAGAAGCUGUCCUUCCAGGGUCCCAUGUCCGACUACGCCUCGGUGGGAAGCUGGUACGUGCGUACUCAGUUGUAGCAGGAGACUCAAAUCGUUUUCACGUCGCCAUUGCGCUCAGCGAGACAAGUCGUGGAGGCUCACACUUCAUCCAUAAUAAGGUGCAAUACGGCGAUAUCCUUCCAGUUGGCAAAAUCACGUCGAGUUUUCCUCUCUCAGUGGACGCUGAUGAUCAUGUUUUUAUCGCCGGUGGGAUCGGUAUAACGGCUUUCAUAGCCUCUGCUCAGCACUGCCGGCGUGCUGGCUACUCAUAUCACCUGCAUUAUCUAGUGCGGAACUCGGAGGAUGUUGCCCUCAAGGAGUAUCUGAAGGACUUUGGCACGAACGUGACAAUCUACGAUAAAUCGGCCGGCCAAAUAUUCAACAUCCAGACUGUCCUGAACCAAGUCAAUGAUCGAGUACAUAUAUACUGCUGCGGCUCCGAAAAACUCCAGAACGCCGUGACCGACACUGCAAAAUCAAUAGGAAUGGACCCUGCAAACUUGCAUUUCGAAAAAUUUGAGAUUGCGACUUCAGGAGACCCAUUCACGGCAGAAUUGGCAGACUCAGACAAGACCAUAGAGGUUGAAGGAGAAAAGACUCUACUAGACGCGCUGCGGGAAGCUGGAAUAGACAUUUCAUCUUCCUGCGAGGCCGGGAAUUGUGGCACCUGUCGGGUAGGGGUAAAGAGCGGGCGAAUUGAACACAGAGGCACCGGAUUGAUGGAAGAUGAAAAGUGCUCGACCAUGCUGAGCUGUGUGUCUCGGGGGAUAGGUACUAUUGUGCUAGACUUAUGACCUACAUUAAAGGAGUGGAUAGGUUCUUGAUAGACAUCUAGACGCCUGACGCUGC